AUGAUCAUUGUAGACAAAGCUGUUAAGAGAGAAGCAUUCAAGAUGACUAUGUCAAAGAUUUGGAACACGAAAGGAUGGCUGGAAUUCUCUGACAUGGGGGAGAACAAGUUUUUGAUAGAGUUUCAAAAGGAAGAAGAUAGACAAAAGGUCACUCGAGGAAGGUCAUGGUCCUUUGAUAGAUGGCUGGUGUGCCUUCAGGAGUUUGAGGUUGAUUUAUCACUAAAUGACGUUCCUUUUAAGAAUGAAGUUUUCUGGUUGCAAGUUCACAACAUGCCUCUAGCAUGCAUGACACAAGAAGUUGGGGUGCAGAUUGGGAAAUGUCCUGGGACAGUUUUGGAUGUCAUUGUUGAUCAAUGGGGGCUGGGAUGGGGUAAGUUCCUCAGGUUCAAAGUAGAAGUGGAUAUCACCAAAGCAUUGGUUAGAGGUUUAUUCUUAAACUUUGAUGGUAACCAAAUAUGGCUUCAGUUUAAGUAUGAUAGGUUACAACCUUUUUGUUUUAAGUGUGGAAUUAUUAAGCAUGUUAAGAAGAUCUACACAAAGAUGACAUCUGUUAGAAGUGAUCAAGCAGAUACUCAUCAAUAUGGGCCUUAG